AUCAUGCUCCUGUGUGCUCCUGUUACGCAUGGAUACGUAAUUACUAUGUUGGAUUGAUUGGGGUAGCUUGUACUGUAUUUUCGGGUGUAAAAAAAUCAGAUAACAAUUAAUAAUAACAUCAAACAGAAUGAGUAAAUACGUGAAUCUACUGAACGUUAAAACGAAAUACGCAAUGCGUAUGAAUCGCCUGAGUAACCGGAUUUUCGGAGAAGUAGUCAGAGAAACACCAAAACCUUCAAUGAAAGUAGUAAAACUGUUCAGUGAAAAGCCAGUAAAUAAAAGGCCAGAAAUCGUUGAAUAUUAUCCACGUCUCAGAGAAACUCAUUUAUUAAUGAAGAAUUUACGAUGGUAUGGGCUUUAUAGAGAUGAACAUCAAGAUUUCAAAGAGGAAUAUAAGCGACUAAGGAUUCUUCGUGGUAAACAACCAUGGGUAAAAGGAGAGAAGAAGAAUAAGGAUGAAUAAAUUAUAUGAAUUAUUAAUUUAGAUAUCUUAAUUUAUAAAAAUAAAACUUAGUAAUCAUAUU